CUACGGUUGUCAGAUGACAUUACAACACUCCUAUACAUCAGAGAAAUAUUAGACUUUCUUUACUGUGUUAGAUUAGCAAUGACACACAAGUAUACUCGACGUUCUCUGUCCGUAUGCGCACGUUUCAACAGGUACCUGGCCGCUACGUUCGAGGUGAACAAAAGGCGGGAAAGUGGUCAAUAUUUUUAUGUGACGCAAUCAAGUAGGCGUCUCCUUGUUUUUGCACUCUGAUUGGCCAGUAUCUAGCCGGGGGAAAAUGGCGGCAACUGCCCCUGACGAGGCAGAGAGGAAAGCGGACGGACUUUACAAUGGAUCCCCGUCCGUCACAAGUCUCCAGAGGGAGAUCAGCCUCGAGAGGAAGGCCAGCGAAUACAAACAGAUUUCGGAGGCGAAAGUUCUGGUGGUCUUUACCGGAGGAACAAUCGGAAUGAAGGCACGCGAUGGAGUGUACGUCCCAGAGAAGAACUACCUGGAGAAAACCCUGAUGGAGAUGCCGAUGCUGCAUGAAAAGGCCUAUGCUGAACAGCUGGAACAGGAGAACUUCCAGUUUGAAAACGCUCCGGACUUCUUUCAGGAAAAGGCUCCUUUGGUGUUACCGUUGUCCAAGUAUGGCAAGCAUGUCCUGUACUGGAUCCUGGAGUACGACCCCAUCCUGGACUCCUGCAACAUGAACAUGGACGACUGGGGGCAGAUUGCUGCUGAUAUACACAAACAUUACCAGUACUUUGAUGGGUUUGUCAUCCUGCAUGGUACUGACACCAUGGCCUACACUGCUUCUGCAUUGUCCUUCAUGUUUGAACAUCUGGGAAAACCGGUCAUCCUAACUGGUUCACAGGUUCCUAUCUAUGAGAUGAGAAAUGAUGGGCGUGACAACCUACUGGGAGCUCUGCUGAUAGCUGGUCACUUUGUCAUUCCCGAGGUAACUCUUUACUUCAACAAUAAGCUGUACCGUGGCAACAGAGUAACAAAGGUGGCCAACCAGAGCUUCCAGGCCUUCGACUCCCCCAACCUGCCUCCACUGGUCAGCAUGGAGGUGGAAAUACAUGUUGGGGACAUUUUGACUGGCUGGCCCAAUGUUGAGUGGGACGCCGUGUUCCGCUGUAACACAAUGGAGAAGUUCAGGGUACAGACGGACAUGAAUCCAAACAUAGGCCUUCUACGACUGUUCCCCGGCAUGAGCCUUCAAACAGUAGAACAUUUCCUGAGCCCUCCCAUGGACGGAGUGGUGUUACAGACCUACGGGACAGGGAACGCUCCAGACAGCAGACAUGACUUGUUGAACGCGUUCAAAGAGGCGUCCGACAGGGGCAUACUCAUUGUCAACUGCACACAGUGCCCUAAAGGGGGUGUAGAUUGUUACUAUGCUACUGGAAAGGUACUGCUGGAUGCAGGGGUGAUCCCGGGAGCUGACAUGACAGUUGAGGCAGCCUUGGCCAAACUCAGCUAUGUCCUGGCCAAGAAAGAUGUCACCCUUAAGGACAGGAGAGAGCUCCUGUCGGAAAACCUCCGAGGUGAGCUGACCAUGGUGGGAUUGGGGCAGGAGUCAAUCUCCCUCAGCAAUAACAGGUUCCUACGUCACCUGGCCAGAGUGCUGCAGCUGGGCUCUGCAGAGGAGAUGCAUGCUGUGCGAGAUGCGCUGUUCCCUGCAUUAAUGUGUGCAGCAGCAAAGAAUGGUGACAACAGCACCCUUCAGGUCCUGAUACAGCAGGGAGGGAAUGUUGACUCUAAAGACUAUGAUGGCAGGACACCCCUACACAUUGCCUGUAGUCAGGGCCAUGCGAACACUGUGGAGUACCUGCUGAAGAACGGUGCAUCUGUGUACCUGCGAGAUGCUGCAGGACACACGUGUCUCAGAGAUGCUAUCAAGUUCAGGAACUUGUCAGUGAUCAAACUUCUCGUGCAGACUGGAGCAAACCUGUCAAACCACAUCACACCCAUCCGCAUAGGCAUUGAACUCUGCAGUGCUGCUGCUCACAAUGACAUUGAUGGUCUGCGGGCCUGGAUUCUGGCUGGGGCAGACCCCAACCAGCCAGACUACAGCAGCAGGACAGCUUUACAUGUGGCUGUAGCUGAGGGACAUGUGGAGGCUGUGAAGUAUCUCAUGGACCAUGGAGCAAUCCCUACACUCCAGGAUCCCCAUGGUACAACAGCUGUGAUUGAAGCCCGUAUCAGAGACCACAUGGAGCUGAUCCCUCUGCUAGGGACAGAAGCCUUCUGUGCUGAACCAGCCCCUGCAAAGGAACAACCACCAGAGUCUCCUGGGAAAAGGAGAUUCUCACUUGCAGGCAAGUUUUUUGGCAAAAAGAACACUGGGUCAGGUGACUAGCCAUCCAAAGUCUUUGGAUAUUUCCCUUUGUGGUGAACAAAAGAGGAGCAUGCAAUGUAGGGGAUAGUUGAUGUUCAUACGGGUAUUGACAAACGACUUAAAGUAAGAAACUUUCAUUGCUGAGCCAUGUUGCUGAUCCUGUUUUUUUGCUCAGUCUCUAGGCAUUAGAACUUAGAAGUUUAAUUGAGAGCUUGUUGGAAUCAAAUUGUAUGACAGUUAUGGUUACAGAUAGUAUAGCAACAGCAGUUAGAAUAUAACAUUACAUGGAUAAGAAUUACCUUCUAAGGUUCCCAAAUGUUGAUUGUUCAUGGACAUUUAGUUGUAUUUUACAGUGUUUGGUGGUCUCACUUUAUGAACCUUUGUGUGUGGAAUGGUACUUCUCAAACCAGAAAAUGUUCAUCUUAAUCAGUAUUAUUGACAUGUAUUUUACAUUGUUAGUAGUCUCAUCACAUUAUGAACCUUUUUUGUAUUAAGAAGAUUUUUAUCUUGAUCAGUAUUGUUGCCAUGUGCUAACAGGGAGCUGACAAAUGAAAGUGGAAAAAUGUAAACCACUAUACCGUAUUGUUAUUUUUCAUUGUACAGGGAAAAUGUUGUAUAUUUUUUAUGGGAAAUUAACACUUUAUAUUACAUAGGUUGAAAUGUGAAAGAGUUGCUGCUGUUUUUGACUAACUUAGAUGAGCUUAUGUUCAGAAUCUUACAUGGAAUUGUACUCUUAGAUUCAUAUACCUAAAGUUGAAGAGGCUCAGCCAUAUGUAAAAUACGGCUUCUAUUUUCAAGCAAUAUUCCUUCCGUGAAUAAUUUCAUCAGGUUGGUGAAUGAUUACAGCAAAGUUCUUUAUUCAUCACAACCACAUGUUUCACAAGAGCCAGUGUUUCAAUGACCCUCUGUCAUCUUCAUCAGGGCAGUGAUUGCAAUGUUGUUGACUUAGGAUUGAGGGCUUUGGUCACAAGCUGCCAUCAUGACAAGCUGCUAUAGUAGAAAAAAAACAAGAACAAUACAUGUAACCAGAAUAAUGGGAACAGUACAAAACAUAAUUAAACAUUAUACCAUUGGAAAUAUCUUAGGUGUUAUGAGAACUAGAGCUAAACUAAGGCUGGGAUCAAACCUGAACCUUGUACAUGUAGAUUCAAAAGCUGCCAGUGUUGCUGUAGAGAAACAAGACCAAACUUUCACAUUGAACAAUUAUGUGAAAAGACAUGUCAGAUAAAUGAAGACAAUGAAUAAAGCCAUCUAUGCAUCAUCAA